CCUACACAUGACACGCAAGCACUUUCACUUUCGUCGCAAUUUGUCGUGUUCUACACCCUUUAAUUUUCGUUGCCAAGCUAGCACAGUUUAAGAAGGACUGUGGCACAGUUCUGCAGCCGCUGUCAUCGUCAUUUGUAAUUUCAGAAAUGGGUAACGCAGAUUCAACGGCGAAGCAAAAGAGUCAACAGAAAACAGAUUCACAGCCUGAACCGCCAUCUUCACGAGGUAAAACCUUGAGCGAUACAAAGAAUAUCCUCCUUCUUCACAAGUCAAGCGCAGAGCAGCUUAAAAUCGUGAGAAAUUUCUGCGACGCUUUGACUACAGCGGCCAAUGGAGGCAUUCGCGUGAGGAAAUUGGUCAACAUCGCUGACGAAAAAGAGGAUUUAAAAGGGCUUUCCUGGCUUGAAGAGUUGAACAACGUUGUUUUGAUCUGCCUAACAUCGGAGGCUAUCGCCCAGUUGGAAACUAUACUUCGUGAUAAGCAGUUGGCUGAUGAAAAUGGCCAUCUUCAUGGAAAGGUGUUCAGUAUCUCGUUUGGGGAAAAGAUGUCCUCUGAAUGGCCUCCAAAGGGGAUCGAUCGAGUUACACUUGAUGCCAGAGAUUUCCACUUCGGGUUUACCGACGUGGAAAAGUUACGGCCGCAAGAUUUUGAAAAGUCGGAAAAAAUGAAUGCUCUUGUCGCCGCGAUCAAAGGGACAAAUUAGGACAGAACUGAUUCUCUCUGAAAGGGAUUUGAAUCUGUAAGUAUUUUUCUAUGCCCUGAACAUUUAGUAUAAAGACAGAAACGGUCUUUACCGUCAAAGGGUGUCGCUAUAGCUUCUAAACUUUGGUUGAGAAACAGAAAUACAUAUUUAGCCAUUUUUACAGCGAAUAAAAUUUAGCUCAGAUUGAAGACGUUUCACUGUUACGGUAAAACUUGUGAUAGACAGCUUGACUCUUCACGAAGUAGUUUAUUACUGACGAGUUGUAUUAGAUUUUGAAUGAUAAAUAUUUACCUGUUUUAUACGUUGGUAGUUCAUAAAUAUUUUCAUGAUUUUGGCAAAAUUCUUUAUAUUCGUUACAUCUGAGCCCACAUAUCAGUGAAAUUAGUUUGUUGUAACGAGUUUUGCAAUAAAAAAUUAAUGAAAGAGGGAA